GGUGUCGUAUCCAGGAAUGCAGGUAUCUUUAUUUGACAGAGUCUUUAGAGCUGAAUGCCAAACCUCCUGAAAGCCAAAGCAGAUUUUUCAGUGGACCCUGAGAUGAAGCAUUUUGCCAAUGACCUCUUUAUCCCUGAGACCAACCAAAGUGCAUUACUGGCGGGAUAUCUCCCUCAGGAUAUUCUACGUACAGUCGAGCGGGCAGCAGGGCAGAGAUGCUUUGUCUGCAGCGAGAGCGGGGCCGCCGUCACCUGCCAAGAGCCAGGCUGUGACCGCAGCUUCCACCUCCCCUGUGCCAUGGAGGGUGGAUGCAUCAACCAGUACCUUCCCGAGUACAGGUCCUUCUGCUGGGAGCAUCGCCCAGAACAGUUAGCGAGGGUGGCUCCGGAGAAGAACACCACCUGCGUCAUCUGCCUGGACCCUGUGGAGGACACAAUGUCCUACAUGACCAUGGUGUGCCCAGCGUGCAAACACGCCUGGUUCCACCGGGGCUGCAUCCAGGGACAGGCUGUGUGGGAUGACAUUUACUCCUUCCGCUGCCCCCUGUGUAGAGACGAGGAGUCAUUUCUCGCGGAAAUGCUCGUCAUGGGGAUCCGAGUCCACUUGAGGCGUCCAUCAGCAGAGAGCAGCGAAGACAUGGAGGCUCUAAUCGCGAGGCACAGCCGCUGCGAUGCCAGUGAGUGCCUUUGUCCAGGAGGCAGGGAGCAGGUGGCGGAACACGGGCGCUGGGAGCUGCUCCUGUGCAGCUCCUGUGCUGCUGAGGGCACCCACCGACGCUGCUCCUUCUUGAGGAACACCACGACCCACUGGGAGUGCGACGGCUGUGCAGGCCUGGGCACUGCCUCAAGCGCCAGCUCGGAGAUCACCGGAGCCAGGACUGACAGCCAGGCGGGAUUGGGGCCUUCCCAUGGCUCUCCGGCACCCGAGACUGGCACUGAAAGCCAGGAGGCAUCGAGACCAUCCCAGGGCUCCCAGGCACCACAGACCGACAGCCCCGGCACUGAGGGUACCGGGCUGUCCCGUGGCUCCCCGGCGGUUGAGGGCAGCAGCCGCUCCAGCCCCCCUGGGCCCGACCGCCUGCGAGAGCGCACCCGGAGGCGUCGUCAGGCCCAGACUCCGUACACUCGGCGAAGGAGGGGCCGGGAGAGCAGCCGGGUGCCAGCACCGAGCGCCGAGAGCAGCACCUCCAGCCAGGCAGCGCUGGGGCCGCCCAACAGCUCCACAGUACCAGAGACCACCAGCCCCAGGACGGAAAGCCAGGAAGUAUCGGGACAGUCUCUGACAUCACCACUUGAGACCAGCAACCCCAGCACCGAAAGCCAGGAGGCAUCGGGACCAUCCCAGGGCUCCCAGGCACCGCAGACCAGCAGUUCCACGCUGGUUUGUCAGCUCCGUCCUCAUCUCCCGGCCAUGGGGUUGGACACGGCACGAGCGCACAACGCUCUUCGGGGUGACUGCUGCCUGAGCUCCCAGGCGCUGCCGAGCUACAGCGCUGGGCCGGAGCCAGCCGAGGAGCCUGGCUCUGAACCGCAGCGCUCGGUCCCCGGCACCGUUCCCCUCUCCACGGCGCUGGAAAGCCGUGAGAAAUCUCGGAGUGCCCAGUGA